UUUGGCUCCCUAGCCUGGUAGAUGUCAAAGGCUGAAGCUGUUCCCCUUGCCACAUUAUAACUAGUAGGGGAUCUACAGUAAGCAUGGCCACAGCUGCCUCGAAUCCCUACAGCAUUAUCAGUUCCAACUCUAUGGUUCAUGUAGACUCCUCGGUCAUGCAACAAGGGAGUCCUUUCAGGAAUCAUCAGAAACUUCUCCAAAGUGACUAUCUACAGGGAGUCCCAAGCAACGGACACCCUCUCGGACACCAGUGGGUGACCAGUUUAUCCGAGGGAAGUCCAUGGCCAUCGUCUUUAGCGGGCAGUCCUCUGGAGCAGCAGGAUGUGAAACCGGGACGAGAAGACCUGCAACUCGGAGCGAUCAUUCAUCACCGGUCCCCUCAUGUCGCCCAUCACUCGCCCCAUACAAAUCACCCAGCUGCAUGGGGGACACCUGUGUCUCAUAACUCAUCUAUAAACACCGGUGGACAACCUAUCAACAUCUACUCGCAGUCCGGCUUCACGGUCAAUGGCAUGCUAGAGCACGGAGGUCUGACGCCUCCACCUAACUCGGCGCAGACCCAAGGCUUGCACCCAGGGCUGCGAGACACUCCAGACCACGUCGACAUCGGAGCGCACCACUGCCAUGACCACUCCGAUGAGGAAACGCCGACAUCGGAUGAGCUGGAACAAUUCGCAAAGCAGUUCAAACAAAGGAGGAUCAAGCUGGGGUUUACACAAGCAGACGUUGGGCUCGCGCUGGGGACUUUGUACGGCAACGUCUUCUCACAGACGACCAUCUGCAGGUUCGAAGCUCUGCAGCUGAGUUUCAAAAAUAUGUGCAAACUGAAGCCCUUGUUAAACAAGUGGCUGGAGGAGGCAGAUUCGUCCACGGGAAGCCCGAGUAGCAUCGACAAAAUCGCCGCGCAGGGAAGGAAACGAAAGAAAAGGACCUCCAUUGAGGUGAGCGUCAAAGGGGUACUGGAGACCCACUUUCUUAAAUGCCCCAAACCCGCGGCUCAGGAGAUAUCUUCUUUGGCAGACAGCCUACAGCUAGAGAAGGAGGUGGUUCGUGUCUGGUUUUGUAACAGAAGACAAAAGGAGAAAAGAAUGACUCCGCCGGGAGAGCAGCAGCCGCACGAGGUAUACUCUCACAAUGUUAAUACGGACAACUCAUCGUGCCAUGAUCUCUGACCGUGGAACCGGGAUACACCCCGCGAGACACACACAGGAAUGGAAAUCUGGUGGCUUUUAAAUGAAGGGUCUUGUUUUUUCCUUGAGCUCUCUCUUUCUGGUUGUGCGACGAGGACAAAAUUACUUAAGAGGCACCGUGAAAGAAAACAAUAACACAGCAACAACUAAACUUUCUUUUUUAUAUCCAGCAUUUUGGGCAAUAUAUCUUGGCAAAACAAUUUUUAUUUUAAAUGACAAAAGGAACCCGUUUAUUACCAAUAUUUCAUUUAAAAUUUUUACUUUCUACUGCAAGGAUAUACAUACAAAAUUGUGCCUAUUAAUAACCUCCCAGCGCCUUUGUUGUCAAAACGUAAAUAUAUACCAGGUGAAUGAGGUAUAAUUUAUGGAAAAUCAUUUUCGGAUAUUUUUUGUUGUGCUUAAUUUACUUUUCUUUUUAAAUGUGCAGUUUGGUUGCCUGAAUCAUCAAGAUGUUUCACUGUAUUUAAACAGGUGGCAGCUUUUAAUCAAAUGGACAACAUUUAAGGGCAAAUCGUGCUAUUUAUUUCUUGGUUUGAUCUGAUUUUUCAGCAGUAAUUGUUUUUUUAAUCCGUUUUUUAAAAUCACAGUAAUGCUUUCUAGAAAGAUGUUAGCUCAGUAGCUAUACUAUGCCACUUUAUGAUACGCCUGUACAUCACAGUAAGAUACCUUACUAAUGCACCAGAGGCCGUCUUGAAAAUAAUGAUUUGUUCUAUCUGUUGUCUGUUUAAUUCCUGUAUACGUUCGAGAAAUGAAAUGCGCAUUAGUUUUGUCGACUAAAGUGUCAGUAAGAUCUUCUCAAAUACAGGCUGUUUUAAGGCCUAAAAUAGCAACAGCACUUCGGAGGAAUUGUUUAAGAAAUCCAAACAUAUUUUCCAAAAAGAAAGUACUAUUUCACAAGCAACGCUCAUUUAUGCCUGCAGUAUGUUAUGGUUCUUUUUAUACACCCGAAAUUGUUUCUUUUUUUGCCAUAUCCUCGACCAUAUUACUGUGUUAAGUAUUCGGCACUAAUGCAGAACCGUAAAAUACCAGCUAAAUAUAGGCCUAAAUGCGUUGCUGUGCAUUAUGACAUUAUUUUAUUGUACGCGCUCAAUAAUCUAAAGUUUUAUACUCCUCAAUGCUCCAACUAUAAUUUCUUUAAUAUUUCUUCGAAUAUUUGCUAUUGUACAGUUUUGUAUAAUACAACCUUUUGGAAGUUAUUAAUUUAAACAAAUACAAUUUAGUUUAUUCAGGCACUUAGUGGUGUAAAAAACUAUUUUCAUUAAAAGUUGACGUUUUCAGCAGUUUUAUUCCAAAUACUACGGCAGUUGAAGCGAUUAUUUAUUUUCAGUAUAAACCUUGUAUUAUGUUUUUUUUAGACAAACUGUAAAACCGUUAUUAAAAUGUAUGUUGGAAUAAAAACAACUUGUUGUUACAA